CUGAUACCCCCGGGCUGACGGGAGCCAGAGCUGCGCUCUAAAAUAUAGUUCCGCAAGGACGUAACACACGAAAGGCCAAUUCAUUGAUCAAUUACCUAUCAGUAUUCGAUACGUAGUUCAUCAGGACAUCAGAAUCCUCGUCAAAGCUCUGGGUUGCAGCGGGAUUUGCAAUCGAGACCAUGCAGCUGCGACAGGCGGGCCUGAGGGCUCGCAGCACCGCUUCGGGUGCAGUGCCAUGCAUUCCAGUUGGUCUUCACGCUGGCGCAAUUGGCAUGCAGUCGGCGCUGGCUGGCGGGCGCGCUGCGGGGCGAGGGCGUGUUGCAACACGACUACCGGCACCGAAGCGCCAGUCUGAGCGCGUACGCGUGGUGGCUCAGAGCGUUUCGACUCUUUCUACUUCACAGCAGCUCUAUAGCUCAGUGGCUGUCGGCAAGCCCGAGCCUCUGGGCCCCAGCCGCUCCGGCUCCGGCGUCAACUUCGCGCUGUUCUCCAAACACGCCAGGAGCGUGAGGCUGUGCCUGUUUGACGGCGAGGCGCAGCCGCUGGGCGAGGUGGACUGCAACCGCACGGGCGACGUGUGGCACGUGGAGCUGGCGGACCUGCCGCUCAGCGGGCUGCGCUACGGCUUCAAGGUGGCGGGCGACGGCGGCUGGGACACGGGCGCGCGCUGGGCGCCCGGCCGCGUGCUGCUGGACCCCUACGCGCCGCUGGUGGCGGGGCGGCGCCAGUUCGGGGUGCGCGACGCCGUGGAGCAGUUCAAGGGCAAGGAGGGCAGCCAGUUUCUGGGCGCGUUCGACUUCUCCUCCGCGCCCUACGACUGGGGCGCUCAGGAGGAGGCGGGCCGCCCGCGCACCGCCCUCAAGGACCUGGUGAUCUACGAGGUGCCGGUGCGCUGCUUCACCGCCGACGGCUCCUCGGGCCUGCCGGCGGAGGAGCGCGGCACCUUCCGGGGCAUGGCCGCCAAGGCCUCCUACCUGGCCGGCCUGGGCGUGAACGCGGUGGAGCUGCUGCCGGUGUUCGAGUGGGACGAGCUCGAGUUCCGCCGCACCCGCAACCCGCGCGACCACAUGACCAACGUGUGGGGCUACAGCCACAUCAACUUCUUUGCGCCCAUGAGCAGGCUGGGCAGCGGCGGCGCCGGACCCGAGGCGGCGGCGCGCGAGUUCAAGGACAUGGUCAAGGCCCUGCACGCGCAGGGCAUCCAGGUGCUGCUGGACGUGGUGUACAACCACACGGCCGAGGCGGACGACAAGGACCCCUACACGCUGUGCAUGCGCGGCGUGGACAACAAGACCUACUACAUGAUCGACCCCAGCCAGUACGUGCAGCUGGUCAACUGGAGCGGGUGCGGCAACACCGUCAACGCCAACAACCCGCCCGUCACGCAGAUGAUCAUCGACAGCCUGGUGCACUGGGUGACGGAGUACCACGUGGACGGCUUCCGCUUCGACCUGGCCAGCUGCCUGUGCAGGGACGAGCGCGGCCACCCCAUGGCCGUGCCGCCGCUCAUCCGCGCCAUCAGCAAGCACCCGCUGCUGAGCCAGGUGCACUUGAUCGCCGAGCCCUGGGACAUCGGCAUGUACCAGGUGGGCAGCUUCCCCAACUGGGACAUCUGGGCGGAGUGGAACGGCAAGUACCGCGACGACGUGCGCCGCUUCAUCAAGGGAGACGCAGGCAUGAAGCGCGCCUUCGCCACGCGCCUGGCCGGCUCCGCCGACCUGUACCAGACCAACAACCGCAAGCCCUACCACUCCAUCAACUUCAUCACCGCGCACGACGGCUUCAGCCUGUACGACAUGGUGUCCUACAACGACAAACACAACGACGCCAACGGCGAGGGCAACCGCGACGGCACCAACGACAACUUCUCCUGGAACUGCGGCGCCGAGGGCGAGACCGGCAACGGCGGCGUGCGGGCGCUGCGCCAGCGGCAGAUGCGCAACUGCAUGGUGGCGCUCAUGAUGAGCCAGGGCACACCCAUGAUUGUCAGCGGCGAUGAGAUCAUCAAGACGCACGGCGGCAACAACAACUGGUACGGCCACGACACAGCCAUGGCGCACCUGCAGUGGCCCGAGGGCGACGCCGACAAGGAGGCGCUGCUGCGCUUCUGCUCCCAGCUCAUCGCCUUCCGCAAGAGCCACCCCGCGCUGGGGCGGGAACACUUCCUGGGCCCCAACGACAUCACCUGGCACGAGGACAACUGGGGCAACGACGAGAGCCGCUUCCUGGCCUUCACGCUGCACCACCGCGAGGCUGGCGACAUCUACGCCGCCUUCAACGCCCACGCCUUCGCCGUGUCCGCGCCGCUGCCGCACCCGCCCGCCGGCCGCAAGUGGUGCCGCCUGGUGGACACCAACCUGCCGCCGCCCAAGGACUUCACGCCCGGCGGCAACGCGGGUGUGGAUGCGGUGUACGGCGUGCAGGCGUUCUCGUCAAUUGUGCUUAUCGCCAAGCCGAUCUGAGUCGGGGGCUUGUGAGCUCGGCCGGCUUCAGGGCUCCACGGGAACGAUACGGUAUGCACCGCGCCCGCAGUGUCAGAGCUCAGAGCUACGAAGUCGAGCACUGCGACGAGCGUCAGAACGAAGUGGCGGGGCGUGCACACGUGACACGGACGCGCGUUGCAGCCGGGGCACUGAAUGCAGCUGGCCUGAGCUCUGGGGGCGUUUUGGACCGGCAGCGUUGGGGGACGGUGUGACUCGAGUCCUCCGCAUGGGUUUGGGCUCGUGUCGAUUAGCGUGUGUGUUUGUGUGAGUAGGUUGUAAGUAGUGCACUGGAAGCUGUCGCGCGUGUGUCGCAGGCGCAUUCCUACCAUGCCGGCCAGCAUGUUUCCGGCACUUAAUGUGCGCAUACCUUCGUCUGGCUUGGCAUUUUCUGGGGAUGGCAGAUGAGUGGUGCUGCGGCGACGGGUCCACCAUAUGGCGCAGCCACUGGCAUUGUUGUGCUGCUGUGCGUUGGUGCAAGACCGUGGCUCGCGGCACUGGCUGCAGUUGGGGCGAUUGAGUAUAUGAUACGGUACGGUCGAAUACGCGGAAGAGGAGAUCGGCGCGUGCAGAUUGCGGCGCAUGCUUCCUGACAUGAUUCAUGAUCGCUUUAAGAUGCAUUUGUUCGAACUGCAAGGCAAGGCCUGGGUAAGCCACAGGCGCUGGGCAAGCCACCGGGCGCUGGAGCAUGGUGAAGCGGUGCAACGGCCCAUGAAAGCACAACAACACGCGCUCUGACGGGCCUGACUGACAACUGUAAGAUCUGGCCAUA